AUUGCAAAACAGUGUAACCAUCAGGAGGGGAAUCUCCGUGACAGAUGUGGGAAAAUUUUUUCCAUAUGCACGCACUCGCACGAUUCUCUUCACUUCAAAAACACCUUUUUUGCCUGAACUAACCCUUCGAUUUCCUUUGGUGAGCGCUGCGGAAUGUGGAAAGAAUAACGCCGGUUGGCAGAUAUUUUUGAUAUUCAAGAAAGCACUUGAUUACAUUGUAGGUUAUACUGUAAAGUGAAGUGAAACCUUUGCGACAACUAGAGACGCGUUUUCAAUCGCAGAUGCAACAAUGAAGACUGCGCUUCUCAUAUUAAGCAUCUUCAUAUUCUCUCUUAAUUGUUUGGGUAAGAAGACUCGGUGGUGCACGGUGUCUGAGCCGGAGCAGAGGAAGUGCGCAGAGCUGGCCAAGGCCCUGGUGACCGUGCUGCCUCCUGCUGCAGUAUCAGCCUUUGCAAGACUCUCGUGCAUCCAGGCCUACAGUACGGCAGACUGCAUUAACAAGAUUCGGGCAAACCGUGCUGAUUGCAAUAACACUGAAUGCAGGGGAAGUGUACACUGCCGUCAUAGCCAGUUUGGCCUCACUGCUGUUGCAAAGGAGAUCUACAGUGAUGGUGGCUGUGUGCUUGCGGUGGCUGUGGUGAAGAACGGCAGUUUAGAUGUGCGCUCACUACAAGGCCAUCGCAGCUGUCACACUGGGGUCCGGUGGACUGCGGGUUGGAGUCUGCCUCUUGGGUUUCUGCUCUCCCGCAACUACCUGUCCUGGGCAGAAGAGCAGCCUCUCACCCAGGGUAAGUUGCCUUUUUUCAGUGCCAGCUGUAUCCCAGGGGCUGCAGCCAUAGCUCCCAGCCUGUGCACUCUGUGCCAGGGCCAGAAGUCCUACAUUCGUCAGCGUAACUUUCACUGUGAGACCUCCCACAACGAGCCCUUCUACAACAGCCAGGGAGCACUGAGGUGCCUCAAGACUGGCAAAGGGGAAGUUGCAUUUGUGGACCAUAUUGCCCUUGACAGUAUUGAAGAGUGGGAGAGGGAGGACUACAGGCUUCUCUGCACAGAUGGGUCACAUGCCAAUCUUAGUGAGUUCCAGAGAUGUAAUCUGGGACGAGGGCCUGGAGGAGCGGUUGUGACACGUGUCAACUACCGCAAGAUAGCUCGAAAGUUCCUGCAGGUAGCACAGAUGGCAUUUGGUCGCCGAGGGCGUGAUAGGCAGCGUUUCCAACUUUUUGAGUCUCACUCUUAUGGCUCCAGUGAUCUGCUGUUCCGAGAUAAGACAGAGAAGUUGGCUAUUCUCCCUGACAGUGACAUCAGUCAGGUCCUAGGGCUGGACUAUGUGGCUCUUCUGAAAGGGCUUGGACAUGAAGGGAGCUCCUUAGAAGACAGUGUCAUUCGCUGGUGCUGUAUCAGUGAGGCGGAGCAGAGGAAGUGUGAGCAGUGGGCCCUCAGUAUCAAGUCUGACCCACUGGUGUGUGUGAGGGCCUCCUCCAUGAGUAACUGCAUCAAGAUGAUCAAGAGAGAUGAAGUAGAUGCUGUAUCACUGGAUGCUACACAUGCCUUCAUUGCUGGAAAGUGCGGCUUAGUUCCUGUGGUUGCAGAAUAUUAUGGGGAAAAAUGUAUACCAACAGAGGCAGUAACAGAAGGAGCUGCCCAUUUUGAAAGUGAUGUGUUUCCAUCAGUGUUUGCGGUGGCAGUGGUACGGCGCUCCAGUAGGAAUGUGUUCUUUGGGAAUCUGGCUGGCCGACGUUCCUGCCAUGGCCACAUGUACAGCCCUGCAGGUUGGCUGAUGCCUGCCAGACACACCCUAAGCUCUCAAUACAACAGCAGCACCCACUGUGACCCAAGCAAAGUAUACAGUGAGGUCUUCUGGAAGGGAUGUCUGCCAGGUUCCCAGGGUAGUCUCUGUAAGGUGUGCAUUGGGGGAACUGCUGAAUCUGGAACAAAGCGCUGUAGUGACAACCACAACGAGCGUUACUAUGGGAAUAUGGGGGCACUGAGGUGUUUGGUAGGAGACCCCAGUGGGAAGACCUAUGGAGAUGUAGCAUUCCUGGAGCAACACAAUUUAGAGGACAACAUUAAGAGUCUGGGCUCUAGUGGCUGGGCAGAGGGCUGGCUAGCUUGGGAUUUUGAGCUGCUGUGUCAAGAUGGUCAACGGGCAUCCCUUUCCCAGUGGGAGAGCUGUCACCUUGGUGCCAUACCACCAAAUCUUGUCAUGACCCGCCCCAUACUCACCGCCCGUGUCUAUGAUUUUCUCAUGAAGUCACAGGAAACACUGGCAGCACACCCAGAUGAAUUCAAUCUCUUUCAGUCCCAACAAUAUGGCGAGAGUGAUCUACUUUUCAAAGAUGUCACACGGUGCUUUGUCCAUACAAGCCACCUGGACUAUCGAGCCAUCUUGGGAGAAGACUUCUACAGGACAGUGGAGACUAUCUUCAACUGUACACAGUCUGAAAUCUUGGAGUUCUGUACUCAGGAUGUAUGUACCAUAUUCUGAGCAUCUGUUACAAGUGGGAACACCAGAGAACCUAUAAGCCAGGCCUCAUUCCGCCUCUCCAUCUAUGAUAGCUACCACAUCCUGUCACAACAGUAUUAAGAAAUGACACGUUUACAUUCACUUUCACUUUCAUUCAUUUGGCAGAUACUUUUGUCCAAACUUCAGCUGCCAGUUAUGGCAAACAACAUACUGUAGAUUGCUAUCUUUGUUGUGCAAACAAAAAAAUGUCAGAACAGAGUAGAACACUAUAUUAAUGCAAAGCAAAUCAGAUUCAACAUAAGUGAAUGACAUUAGAUAUUAAGUACACAAAUAGUUGGCAAAUGGAUCUUACAAUUAAUGCAUAUUAUAAUUAAGGUGCCAGGGGUAUUUUAAUUUACUCUUUAUUUUUUGCCUUGUGCUCAUGCAUAUCUGGUUUCCUGAGGCAUUCUGCUCCAUUAAAUUUCAGUACCAUUACAAAUGCAGAACUGGGAGAAUACACUCCUCAUUCAAAUAAGUAGAUGGUAGCAAGUCAUAUAUUUGAUAAUGUUACAUUUUGGGACUGCCUGUAUAUAUUGUUCAGAGAACUAUUGAAACAGAAUGCCUGUUGUGACACUUUUAGUUAAAAAAGGGUAACAAAAUUGUGAUACUUUUAGUGAAAAUAGGGAAACAAAGUUUUAGUAUCUCAUCUCAGUAAAACAAGCUGACAGAUUCCUAAUAAAAUUAAGCAGCCAACAGGUGCACCUUAAAUUAUGUCCAGUGUUCUAUUUCACUUAAGGUGAAAUUAUGUAUAAUAUAAAUGUUUACUUCCAAGCACUUUGCAUGCUCAUAUUAUGUCUGUGUCCUAAAAUGACAGAAUAUGCUAGAAAAUGUUCUUUCCAUAAUGUCAUAUUUGUGAUUGACAUUUCUUCUUAUAAACAAUGGGUCAAUUUAAUGGAGAGAACUUUAUUUAAUAAAGAACUUUAUCAGCAAAUGUCAA